CCCUUUCCCGUCCCCCCCGUCCUGUUCCCCCGAGGAUGGCGGAGCUGCGGCUGUUGGACCAGCCCCCGCUGGUCCAGGCCAUCUUCAAUGGCGAUCCCGAGGAGAUCAAGACUCUCAUCUACAAAACCGAGGACGUCAACGCACUGGACGGUGAGAAACGCACCCCGCUGCACGUGGCGGCCUUCUUGGGGGACGCCGAGAUCAUCGAGCUCCUCAUCCUCUCAGGGGCUCGCGUGAACGCCAAGGACAGCAUGUGGCUGACCCCCCUCCAUCGCGCUGUGGCCUCCAGGAGUGAGGAGGCGGUGUCGGUGUUGCUGAAACACGCGGCGGACGUCAACGCGCGGGACAAGAACUGGCGGACGCCAUUGCACGUGGCGGCCGCCCACCGGGCCCUGCGCUGCGCCCAGCUUCUCCUGCCCCAGCUGGGCGGCCUCAACGUCUCCGACCGCGCCGGACGGGCCGCCCUGCAUCACGCCGCCCUCAACGGGCACGGAGAUAUGGUCAGUUUACUCUUGGCCAAAGGGGCCAACAUCAACGCGUUCGACAAGAAAGACCGGCGCGCACUGCACUGGGCGGCCUACAUGGGACACCUGGAAGUGGUCGCCCAGCUCAUCACCCACGGGGCCGAGGUCACCUGCAAGGACAAGAAGGGCUACACACCCCUCCACGCCGCCGCCGCCAACGGACAGAUCGCCGUCAUCAAACACCUCCUCAACCUGGGCGUCGAGGUGGACGAAGCCAACGUCUACGGAAACACGGCCCUGCACCUCGCCUGCCACAACGGUCAGGACGCCGUCGUGAGCGAACUCAUCGACUCCGGCGCCAACAUCAACCGGCCCAACUUGGGGGGCUUCGGCCCCCUGCACUUCGCCGCCGCCUCCGCCCACGGUGCCCUCUGCCUCGACCUGCUCGUCAACAGCGGGGCCCACGUCAACAUCCAGAGCAAGGACGGUAGGAGUCCACUACACAUGACGGCCAUCCACGGGAGGUUCACGCGCUCGGAGACCCUCAUUCAGAACGGAGGGGAGAUCGACUGCGUGGACAAGGACGGGAACACCCCCCUGCAUAUGGCGGCCAGACACGGGCACGAGCUGCUCAUCAACACCCUCCUCACCAACGGCGCCGAGGCCACCAAGCGUGGGGUCCAUCACAUGUUCCCCCUUCACCUGGCUGCGUUGUACGCCCACGCCGACUGCUGCAAGAAACUCCUGUCGUCAGGCCCGAAGCCCGGCGGGGCGUCCUCUACACCCGCAGACCCUGGGCCGUCCCCGGGCUUCGCCAUCGACACGCCCGACAGCUUUGGGAGGACCUGUCUCCACGCCGCCGCCGCCGGGGGGAAUGUGGAAUGUGUCGAAGCCCUGCAGAGCAGCGGAGCGGAUUUCCGGAAAAAGGACCAAUACGGCCGGACGCCCCUGCACUACGCCGCGGCCACCGGCCACCUGGGCUGCCUCCAGGCCUUGGUGGAGGCGGGCGCCCAAGUCAACGAGCCGGACUCCUGGGGCCGCACCGCUCUGCACUACGCCGCCGCCUCCGACGUCCAGCACAGAAGGCAGAACGUACUGGGAGCCCCCUCAGAAAAUGCGGAUGAGCUGCAGAGGGCCAGCGAGCUGAAGGAGAAGGAAGCGGCCAUGUGCCUGGAGUUCCUGCUUGAGAACGACGCCAAUCCGGGCCUCCCGGACAAGGAGGGCUACAGCACUGUGCACUACGCUGCGGCCUACGGCCACAAGCAGUGUCUGGAGUUGCUCCUGGAGAGGACGGACGGACACCUCGGGGGGCAAGAUUUUGGGACCACCAAGAGUCCCCUCCACUUAGCGGCCUACAACGGGCACCACCGGGCCCUGGAGGUGCUCCUGCGGUCACCGCUGGCCGACCCGGACGUCAAGGACGAGCGCGGGCGCACGGCCCUGGACAUGGCGGCCUUCAGGGGCCACGUGGACUGCGUCGAGGUGCUCGUCAACCGGGGCGCCUCCGUCGUCGUCAAGGACCGCGUGACCGAGCGCACCCCGCUCCACGCCUCAGUCAUCAACGGCCACACGCUCUGUUUGCGGCUCCUGCUGGAAAUCGCGGACAACCCCGAGAUCGUCGACGUGACGGAUUCCAUGGGGCAGACCCCCCUGAUGCUGGCCGUGGCCUACGGACACGUCGACGCCGUCUCCCUGCUCCUGGAGAAAGACGCUUCCGUGGAUGCGGUGGACCUGAUGGGCCACAGCGCCCUUCACAGAGGGAUCCUGUCGGGACACGAGGAGUGCGUCCAGAUGCUCCUGGAGCAGGAGGUGUCCGUCCUGGGCCGGGACGGCCGGGGCCGCACCGCGCUGCAUUUGGCCGCCGCCCGCGGCCACGCCGCCUGGCUCAGCGAGCUGCUGGCGCUGGCCCUGGCCCAGGACCACUGCUCCUUCGGCGACAAGCAGGGCUACACCCCGCUGCACUGGGCCUGCUACAACGGCAACGAGAGCUGUUUAGAGGUCCUUCUGGAGCAGAAAUGUUUCCGCGAGUUCAAAGGAAACCCCUUCACCCCGCUGCACUGCGCCGUGAUGAACGACCAUGAAAACUGCGCCUCGUUGCUACUUCAGACCAUCGACUCCGGCAUCGUCAACUGUACGGACACCAAGGGCCGGACGCCGCUCCACGCCGCCGCUUUCGCCGACCACGUGGAAUGCCUGCGCCUCCUCCUGAGCCACCGGGCGCCCGUGAAUGCCGUGGACCACUCUGGGAAGACGGCCCUCAUGAUGGCGGCCGAGAACGGGCAGGCGGGAGCCGUGGAGGCUCUGGUGAACGUUACCACCGUGGACCUUUCUGUCAAGGACAAAGAUUCGAACUCGGCCUUGCAUUUGGCUACAACUAAAGGUCAUGAGAAAUGUGCCUUGUUAAUUCUCAGCAAGAUUCAGGAACAGAACCUCAUCAAUGCAAAAAAUAGCGCAUUGCAAACACCUCUGCACAUCGCCGCCCGGAACGGCCUGAAGAAGGUGGUGGAGGAGCUGUUAGCCAAAGGGGCCUGCGUGCUCGCCCUGGACCGGAAUGGUCUCAGCCCAGCCCUGGCCUGCGUGCCCAACCAGGACGUGGCCGCCUGCUUGGCCCUCAUCUUGGCUUCCUCGACGCCCCUGUCGCCCUCCAUUCCCGGGACGAACCUCGACUCCGACCGUUUUCCGGCAGCCGGGCGGAGCGGGCCUCGGCCCGGCCCGGCCUCCCCAACCGCCCCGGGCCCGGAGGACGGGGGCGGCGAGAACCAUUCCGAUUCGGAAACGUUUUGACUCCGGCCCAAGGAAGGGCCGGCUCCCGAGGGAGCCAAGGACGGGCUGGGACGGCGGGGCGGGUUUGGGAACGUCCCGGGACCGCGGCCUGCUCCGCUUUGACCUUGCCGGGAAAGACCACCUCCCUGUUAAUCAAAAAAAGACACGUACUGAGCGCCCCUUCCGAUGGUGUGACCGGGCUGGGAGCCGGAAUGGGGGGCGGAUUCGGGAUACCGGGGUCCCCGCUGCUCGCCCUUCCGACGCCCGUGUAAUCCGGCGGGAAUUCGUGAGUUGCUGGGGGGGCGGAGGGGUGUCCUCACCAUCCCCUGUUUCCUCUCUGUCUCAUUUC